AUGCACCUGGGUGGCAGCAGUCAGGGUGGCAGGACUUUUUUGGACGUGGUCCAGAGUCUAACAAUUGGAGAUGAAGCUUAUGAAGAUGGAGAGUUUAGCUCUACUCACAGGUGUACACAGUGUCGCUGGAAGUCAGCCAGCGACUCAAGACCAGAGCUCGUGUCAAAUAAAAUCUCACAACAGGGAGCAGACUUGCAGCCAUUUCUGAUUUCCAGAGACAAGAGUGGCGUCGAAUCCAGUGGCACCUUCGGGAAUCCCCGUUCCCUGUAUGGGCCGCUCAAGGCACAAUGCCUGGUGCCCGGCGCUGACAGAGUGCUGCUUUCUCCAUACCAACCUGGAGGGCGUCUUGGGGCAAAUCCUUGCUGUUCCAACCCAUGCCAAAACCAAGGCGUGUGUAUGAGUGUUGGAUUCGACCAGUACCAGUGUGACUGUACCCGGACAGGAUUCUACGGUGAAAACUGUUCAACACCUGAAUUUCUGACAAGAAUAAAGUUAUUCCUGAAACCCACGCCGAACACGGUGCACUACAUACUCACCCACUUCAGGGGCGUCUGGAACAUUGUCAAUAACAUUCCCUUCCUGAGAAAUGCAAUCAUGAAAUACGUGUUGACGUCCAGAUCACAUUUGGUUGACAGCCCACCGACUUACAAUGCACACUAUGGCUAUAAAAGCUGGGAAUCCUUUUCUAACCUCUCCUAUUACACCAGAGUUCUUCCUCCUGUGGCUGAUGACUGCCCAACUCCCAUGGGUGUGAAAGGAAAGAAAGAGCUUCCUGAUACAGAAGUGCUCUUGGAUAAGUUUAUAAUAAGAAGAAAGUUUAUUCCUGACCCCCAGGGCACAAAUUUGAUGUUUGCCUUCUUUGCCCAGCACUUCACCCAUCAGUUCUUCAAGACAGAUCAUAAGCGAGGACCAGCUUUCACUAAAGGACUGGGCCAUGGGGUGGAUUUAAAUCAUGUUUAUGGUGAAACUUUGGAUAGACAGCAUAAACUGCGCCUUUUCAAGGAUGGGAAAAUGAAAUACCAGCUAAUUGAUGGAGAGGUGUAUCCCCCCACAGUCAGGGACACUCAGGUGGAGAUGAUCUACCCGCCUCACGUCCCUGAGCACCUGCGGUUUGCUGUGGGCCAGGAGGUGUUCGGCCUGGUGCCUGGUCUCAUGAUGUACGCCACGAUCUGGCUGCGAGAACACAACAGAGUGUGCGACGUGCUUAAGCAGGAGCACCCAGAGUGGGAUGAUGAGCGGCUCUUCCAGACCAGCAGGCUAAUCCUGAUAGGAGAAACUAUUAAGAUUGUGAUCGAAGACUAUGUACAGCACUUGAGUGGCUAUCACUUCAAACUGAAGUUUGACCCAGAGCUGCUUUUCAACCAACAAUUCCAGUACCAAAACCGCAUUGCUGCUGAGUUUAAUACCCUCUACCACUGGCAUCCCCUUCUGCCGGACACCUUCCACAUCGAUGACCAGGAGUACAGCUAUCCGCAGUUCGUCUACAACAACUCUUUACUGAUGGAACACGGGCUUACCCAGUUUGUGGAAUCAUUCAGCAAGCAGAUUGCUGGCAGGGUUGCUGGCGGUCGGAACCUUCCAGCUGCCGUCCGAUACGUAGCAAAGGCCUCAAUCAACCACAGCAGGCACAUGAAAUACCAGUCCCUUAAUGAGUACCGAAAACGCUUUCGGAUGAAGCCCUAUGAGUCAUUUGAAGAACUUACAGGAGAGAAGGAAAUGGCUGCGGAGUUAGAAGCACUCUAUGGUGACAUUGACGCCAUGGAGCUGUACCCUGCCCUUCUGGUGGAAAAGCCUCGCCCCGAUGCCAUCUUUGGUGAGACCAUGGUAGAACUCGGAGCUCCUUUCUCUUUGAAAGGACUGAUGGGCAACCCCAUAUGUUCUCCUCACUACUGGAAGCCCAGCACUUUUGGUGGAGAAGUGGGUUUUAAAAUCAUCAACACUGCCUCCAUUCAGUCUCUCAUCUGCAAUAACGUGAAAGGCUGCCCCUCCACCUCGUUCAGUGUUCAGAACCCGGCCCCCGCCAAGACAGUCACCAUGAGUGCCAGCCCCUCCCACUCCAGACUGGACGAUAUCAGCCCGACCGUGCUCCUGAAGGGACGCUCAGCUGAACUGUAGAAGCCUAUUGAUCAUAUUUAUUUAUUUAUAUAAAUGAUUGCUUUUUAAUUAUUUAAUAUUUAUAUUAAACUCCUUAUGCGACUUAACAGCUUAUCUGUUAAGGAGAAAAGGGGGUUACACUUGUGAAGAUUUUUGUGUUGCUGAUGUAAAGGUGUCUUUUCUCGAAGUUAAAGGGAAAAACAGCUGUCGUGUGACAUCUUUUUACUUGAAUUUCAGUCUAGACUGUUACAGUGAGCACCAGAGCUGUUACAGAUGGCAAAAUGCUGCACAUUUCUUCCUCCACUUUCUGAACUUCCAGUGUCUCUUCCACGCUACAUUGGAAGCAGCUACCUGCACACUGGUCCUUUCAUUUUCUUCUAGCCCUUUUGCGAAGAGAAGCUCUUCUGGUCAGUUUAUUUCUUCUGUUUCCCUGGUUUCAAGAUCUGAGUUCAUCUUUCAUUGGACUCUAACUAUAGUUUCUGAUCUAAACUUUUGCAAGUUUUCAGGAAAACCUCAGCUCAGGACUACUAUUUAGCUCCUCUUACGAAAAAGAAAGGAAAGCAAAAGCUCUCAAAAAAGGCCUUGAUGAGAAGGCGUGCUUGUGUUUUAAGUGGGAGACAGAGAACUUUAUUUAUAUUUAAUUUUAAUGAUGUGUAACUGAAAAAGCCCACAAAGAGAACCGCGAGGGGUUCUUGACAAGAAGAGCAUUAUAUUCCGACUCCAAUGAAUGCCCUUUUCCUUUGAAAACAAAAGCAAACUACUCCUGACCGCUCGCAGGAAGAUAAUGCUGCUGCUUGUCCGCAUCUCAUUGUCAGCUGACAUUUUCUGGUACUGUACAUUUCUUAAUUUAUUGAGGAUUAUUAUUUAUGUUUUGUUAGGACAUUAUUGUUAUAAACUGGGUUGAAGCCUCUCUAUCUCUUUUUUGGGAUUACCUCUUUGAAUUUUGAAAACCACAAGAGAAAUUAUUGGGUUAAGAUGUGAAUUAACUUUCAGGAAACCAUCUCUGGUACAUCGAGAUAUAAGGUUGGAAUUUAUGUCUUUAAGGUUUAUCUGUACACCAGCCCACAGAGAACAUUGUGUCUCAUUAGCCUGGAAGUGCCACAAGACUGAGCUUUUAUACAUUUUUUUAAGGACCUGUGGAUACUACAUUAAUUCAUUCUGUCAUAACUUAUUGAAGAGACAUUCUAUGCAAAGUACUGUAGAUUUUAAUAUUUUUAAUCAAGCACUGAUUAUGGGUAACAUUAAUAUUUAUGUAAAUAAUUAAAAGCAUGUCUCUUAGGUAGAGGGAGAAGAUGAAAUUUCAUUAAAGAGAAAUAACUCAGGGGAAUUUUUCUUUAAGAUUUUAUAUUUAAAAAGUGAAUGGUUAAAAAAAGGAAUAGUCAAUAUUAGCAGGGGUUUGUAUUAAAAAACUGUUAACUUCCCUGAUUUAAAAACUGAGCAGUUAACAACAUCAAUCUGCUGUCCGAACCCAGGAAUUCGGAAUGUGUAUGUGAAUGUUUUGGUGCCUCCGACUGUAUUUAAAUUUAUGUAAAGUACAAGUGUUGGAAUGUCUGUUUAUUUUUAUACUAAAGAAUUGAAAAAUAUCCUCUAAAAUAAAUUUUGACUGUUUCCAUAUACCUUUGUCAUGUGAUGUGUGAUUUCUCUA